AUGAAGCUCCUGCUCACCACACUCUUGGGGUGCCUCGUUUUGGCGUUGCCUUUAGCCACUGGUCAAAAAAUCAGAUGGUGUGUGAGGUCGCAGAGCGAGUUAAAUAAAUGCAAAAAACUGUCCGGCAAAGCACCAGAUCUUGGGUGUUAUCUCCAGCCGAGUGUGACUGACUGUAUUACAAUCAUCAAGGAGGGUUUUGCAGAUGCCAUAACAGUUGAUGGAGAAAAUGUGCAUAAAGGUGGACUCAAGAACUAUGAACUCCAUCCUAUCAUUGCAGAUAAAUAUAAAAAAGGACAAGAACCAUGUUAUGCUGUUGCUGUGGUAAAGAAAGUCACUGACUUCACUAUCAAUGAUCUCAGUGGGAAGAAGUCCUGUCACAGUUGUUAUAAAAUGUCUGGAGGCUGGAAUCUUCCCAUCGGCAGCCUGAUCUCAAAGAAGAUAAUUACUUGGGAAGGUGUUGAUGACAAAUCACUUGAAAAAGCUGUGUCAGAGUUCUUCUCAGUCAGUUGUGUUCCUGGAAUAUCAAAAGCCAGCUAUCCGAAUCUGUGUAAAGCCUGCAAGGGUGACUGCUCCUGCACCCCCAAUGAAAACUACCAUGGCAGUGAAGGAGCCAUUCGGUGCCUGAAGAAUGGUGGAGAGGUUGCCUUUGUUUGUCACAAUAAAAUCCCAGAGGCUGAGAAACCGAAUUAUGAGCUGUUGUGCCUGGACGGCACCAGGAAAAGUGUUGAUGACUACAAAAACUGCCACCUUGGUAAAGAGCCUGCCCAUGCUGUCAUCAGCCGCAAGGAUCCUGAUUUAUCAGAACGGAUUUAUAAACUCCUUAGUCAACUUCCGGCCUCAGAUCUUUUCUCAUCUGAGGGAGGUAAAGAUCUGAUGUUCUCAGACUCUGCAUCUGGACUGAUCAGGCUACCAGAAAUCACAGACUCUUUUCUCUUCUUGAAAAAAGAUUAUCAUGAGAUCAUGUUUGCGCUUAAAGGCGACCCUGAGCCAGCCAAAGCUUUGUCUCGGCAUAUUAAGUGGUGUAAUGUUGGCCAUGCAGAAAAAAACAAGUGUGACAGUUUAGGGAUUUCUGACAUCGAGUGUCUGAUGGCAUCUUCAGUGGAUGAAUGCAUCCCAAAAGUCAUGCGUGGAGAAAUGGAUGCCUUUGCAUCUGAUGGUGGGCAGGUGUAUGCUGCUGACAGUUGUGGUCUAUUUGUAGCCAUGGCUGAGCAGUAUGAAAAGGAUAAGUGUAACAGUGGUGAUGCCAACGCUACAUCCUACUAUGUUGUGGCUGUGGUGAAAAAGGGCUCAGGUGUAACCUGGAAUAAUCUAAAAAAUAGGAACUCGUGCCACACUGGCUUGAACCGCAACGCUGGUUGGAAUGUCCCAAAAGGUGUACUAUGCAUGAGGAAGAAUGAGUGUGACUUGUACAAUUUCUUCAAAAAAGGCUGUGCUCCUGGUGCUCAACCUGACUCAAACAUGUGUGAAUUGUGUAAAGGCAAAGAGAAGGAUGUGGGAGGACAGUGGAGCAAGUGCAAAGCCUCUACUGAUGAGAUGUUUUAUGGCUAUGAUGGAGCCUUCAGGUGUCUUGUAGAAGGAGGAGGUGAUGUCGCGUUUAUCAAGCACAGCAUUGUUCCAAGUUACACAGAUGGUAAUGGACCCAACUGGGCUAAGAAUCUAAAGUCAAAAGAUUUUGAAUUGAUUUGUCCAGAGUCACCAAAUGAAACAAAAAAAAUCGAUCAAUUUAAAACUUGUAACUGGGCUCUUGUGCCCGCUCAUGCUGUUUUGACCCGUGAAGAUGGUCUCAGUGAUGUAGUCCGCGUCCUGAAAGAUGCUCAGAUUAAAAUUGGACCUCAUCUAUUUGAGUCACCUGGUGGUAGAAACCUCAUGUUUUCUGAUUCUACUAAAUGUCUUCAAGAGAUUAAUAAAUCCAACAAGGAGUUCCUGACUAAAGACUAUGUGGACAUAAUUGAAAGCAAUUACAAGACUGACAAGAAUUUACCAGAUCUGGUGCGUGCAUGCACUUUAAAUAACUAUGUAGUAGAAGAAUAAGUUCCAUACAGAAAUACAUAACAAACUCUGGCCAUAUGAGCUUCAUAUGAGCUUUGUUCCACCCCUGCCUAACUAGA